AUGGUGGCGCACUCAGAGGCUCUGAUUGGUCGAUAUUUGAAUUCAAGGUCACUAGCGAUAAAGAACGACGAAAUCAAGGCGACGCACCUCAAACUUAUCAGUCGAAAUGACGUUGCGGAUAUUCAAGGCCGCGCUAGUCCUGAUCUGUGCUUUGGCCACAGCCCCACCCACCACAAGCGCAGACAGCUCGAACACCGUCGACCUCUCGGACGGCUCCGAAGUCAGCCCCUGCUCAAGCCCACCGACUGGUUCCCCACGGAAGAGGAACUAACCGCCUCGCGCGGUGGCGCGCAUCGGAACGAUCUGUCCGUCUUCACGUCGGGCAACGCCAUCAAGCCCCUCACCAUAACGAAAGAGUACUACGACUCGGUGUACGACGAUCUCUCGGUGGCUGGAGAGGGUGAUCGCAUCAUGCUCGCGGCCUGGGACUCCAUACUGCUCCCGCUCAAGCCUGAUGUCGACGUCACCGGCGCUACUUCGGGAUACCACGCAGCUCGCGACGAUAUCAACAAUCUACCGGCCUCCCCGGUCAACGGCGCGCGCGCGACCUUCAUCUUCGACGACCGCGUGCGAUCCAUCUCGUCGUCGCACCACCACAAGACGCUCGUCAUUGCGGCCAACAGCUCCAGUGGCAAGGACGCCCACGCCAUAGCGUACGGCUGGGUCGACGGCGAGCUGCGUAUCGACGGGCCGGCAGCGAAGGACGUGGCCAACAACUUCCUCGCUCGCUGGAACUCCGAGUACAAGCCGUGCCAGGGCCUGGGGGACGACCUUCUGGACUUUGAAAACCCGGGCUACGAUCACCUCGCCCCGCUCCACUACGCCGGCAGCAACACCACAUCACACAUUGGCACCCAGAACUACGAGCACUACAACGAGUUCGCUCCGUUCGGCGAGUUGUCCAUCCUCCACGCGCGUAUCAAGGCCAUCAAGAACGCCAAGAACUACAUUUACAUCGAGGACCAGUACUUUAUCCUCGUCCUUGAGCUGCUAGAAGCUCUAAUGGAGGUGAUCCCGAGGCUGCAAAAGAUCAUUAUGGUGGCGCACGCCCCCGUGGGCCAGAUCAAGCUUACCGGUUAUGAGAAAUACUUCUACGAGAUGCUGUCACCCCCAGAGUGGCGGUCGUCCUGGUACUGGGGCCCAAGAGCUGCCACGCACGGCACUUGCAGUCAUAUGACCAAGGUCGCGAGCGCGGAUACGACGUCUUUGGUCUGCUCGCCGCUAGCAGCAGAGGCGGGCUUCGCCGAGAAACGCCGACAGGAGCACGAGCUCGUCCGGAGUCCCAGAGCGGGAAGGCAAUGCGAGCAGCAGGAGAUGGACAAGGUGCCCAGCAGCGGCGUGUAA